AGGAGACUUCCUCUAUCAUUUUGCAUCCUACGGAUGAUUGAGAGGAGGGAGAGCUCUAAGACAUAGCCUCACAAAGCUCUAGCUAGGAGAAAGCAAGAAGGGAGCAAAUCCAAAGGAAAUUAGCAAGAACACAAGGAGUCGAAAUCGCCGGAAACCGCCACUUCAAAGGAGCUAGUCGUAGUUGCAGACCACGAAAGCUGCCCGACUUUCGUGAAAGCCACCCGGAUUUGGCCCAGAAAUCCAACUUCUCACUUUCAAUCGGCCUAGAACGGGGAUUGAUCGAGGGGCUUAACAAAGGCAACUAUUGUAGCACAUCACGAGUUUCAGGUAGAACUUGAAGGUUGCUGCCACUGCCCGUUGCUUCGGGAUGAUCAAAGGGAGAAGACGUGAAAUGGAACGUACCGGGAAAGUAACUAGAAGGAACCCAACUGGCCGAGCACCGGGAGGAUCCAUGCAAGGCAGUAGAGGGGCUUCUAGGGUGUCCAGAGGACAGGGCCGUGGGGGCCAAGCUCAGACCGGGAGUGACGGUUAUGUUGAAACAGUCAACGAAUCUUAUGAGUCCGAGGAGGAUUCGACGUAUCAACCGGGAUCUGAGCCGGUUGAGACCCCAUAUGAUGGGGAAUAUGAUGAUGCUAGUGAGGGGAGCGACGAUGAUGACGCUCUAGAAAGGAUGGAGGAACUGCUCCGUCAAUUUCAGCAGGAUCGCCAAAGGCGCCGGGCAAGGCGUGCUUUGGGAGGGGCUUCAAGAAGGGGAAGCCAUGCGGGUUCUAGGGGUCAUGUGGAGUCCCGAGUAGAUCGAGGUGUCGAGGUCCCGAUAAUAAGGAUCUCGAAGUACCUCAAAGAAGCAAGAGAUUUGGGGUGUAAACCGUUCGAUGGAAUGGGAGAUAUAUCCGUUGCGGCGGAGUGGAUCAAGAGGUUCAAUGAAGCGGCCCUUGAUAUGCAGCUGCCACCAAACAUGAAGAUGAGAGUAGCAACAAGGUUGCUAGAGGGGAUGGCGUCCACAUGGUGGGACGGUGUCAAGGGG